UGUUGGCAAACCUACACAAGAUGGCCGUCGUUGAAUUUAGUCAGCUGUUCGACACAGUUUGUUUAUAAAUUUUGUGUUUUUUGGUUAUUUUGUGAAAAUUUAAGACAUUUUUAAUGAAAAGACUCAAGUUUUAAACAUUUCAUUUUGAAGGAGGAUCAUUAAAUACCACGAAUACAUCGACAAAAGUAAAUAUAAUCCACAUCACUAGAUUAGGAAGAGGAUACAACUCGGUCUUUGAAAUCUGCUUCAAAGCUACUCAACAUCAUAUAAAUUUCCAGUUUAUGGACCAGAAGGAACAGUGGUAACUUGAACGGUGAGAUAAAAUAUGGCUGACCGACUAACCCAACUACAAGAUCUGAUCAACCAGCAAGCCGAGUACUUUUGCAACAGCAUCGGAAUCCUCCAGCAGUUCUCGACUCCGAGCAAAUUCUCCGGUUUCGAUCGUGGCGGUAACGCGGGUGGCAGCACGCCCAGCAGCGGCGGCGCUACGACCGCCAAUCAGAACAGUCAAUCCAAUCAGAACAGCCAAUCCAACCAGCAGGACGACUACGCGACUCUGUUCGCGACGCUGAUCGCUCGCACGGCGAAGGACAUCGAUGUGAUCAUUGAGUCGUUGCCGAACGACGAUUCGUCGACCGAGUUGCAGAUUGCCAGUCUGCGUCUGCUGGAACAGGAGAACCAGGAGGCGGCCGAGCGCCUCGAGGAGGUGGUCAGGCGGGGAGAGGUGCUCUUGGAACAGGUGCAGUCAGCGUUGGCAGAUAUCGCCCAGAGCCAGCUCGAAAUGCAGCAACUCACUACUAAGCAACUAGUUGAUAAGGGGUCUGCCACCUCCCUCCCAGCCACCAAUCCCUAGCGAUAUGCCACAUUUUACUGGACAACUAAUUAUUUAUUAUUCAAUAAUCAACAAUCUUUAGUACAGUCAUAUUCUUCAAGAACAGUAGACAUUCUCCUGGAAACCUAAUAAAUGUAUUAUUCCAUAGUCAACAAUCUUUAUACAAUCUUUGUACUACAGAUGGUAAUUACUGAGAUAUUGCAAUUAUUCAAAUGCUAAUGAAUUUAUAUUCAAAAUAAUGAAUUUCCAUCUAGCUGUUAUCAGUAUUUGCAGUUGCAGAAAUCUUUGGGGUGAUUCGCAGCAUUUAAUUUUGAUUUUAGUUUAAUAAUUAUUAUUAAUCGUUAUACUUCAAGAAAAGUAACAUUAUUCAUAUAAAAUUGUUUAUUGAUUUUUUAUUUUUAUAUAAUAUGACGAUCGGGUGUUACCCGCAAGGGUCUGUUGAAAGCACUAAUAUAGAGAUUGAAUAGAGAUUUAUAGUUCUACUUAUAUACACAUUGUUAUUGACAACUUUUAUGAUCUACAAUAGAAAAAAGUAAUUGAUUGGGCAUAGUUGUAUCACAAAUUGAAUAACUGUGUUAGAUGAUUGAAAUAUUAUAAUUAUUGAUUAAUAAGAAUGAACAAUAUGCCUGUAUCCAUUCUCGAUGAAUUUAGAAUCUUUUUGUAAAAUUGCAAGUUAAUUAAUUCAUUAGUUCGUAAGUUCCUUCCUUUAUUUUACUAUAGAUCGAUGUAUGUGUGUGGAAUAAAUUUGAAUUAUUAUUAAAAAUUAGUAUUUUUUAUAUUUCAUCGAAUAACCAGGCAAAUUUAACUAUUAACCCUUAAUAAUAAAGGACAUUUUUUUGUAUUUCACCGAAAAAACAGGGAAAAUAAUAAUAAUUCAACUUAAUCCUCAACAAUAAAGGACAUUUUUUUUUGUAUUUCACCGAAAAAUCGGGGAAACUAAUAAUUAUUAUUAUUGUUGAAUGAUUAACUAUCAACUAUAGCGAUGUUCUUUAUAAUGACAGUAUUUGAUUAACAUUGGUGUUGCUAUCCUUGUUUAUCAUUUGACAAAGCAGAUAGAGCCAACCUUUUCUAGCUCCGUCAAGUUGCCAGAUCGUACGUCAACAAUGUAGAAAUAUCAAUUAAGAAGAUAUUUUUCCAAAAAUACUUUUUCUUUACGAAUAAAAUGUAUUGAUUAUUGAAGAGUUAUAUUAAUUACAUCAAAUAUCAGCCAUCUUCCUCUAUAGAAGACAGUGGCAAGGCAAAUAAUCGGUAACGCUGUUCUUCUAUCUUUUUUCACUGCCAUUAUAACGUGGACCUCACUAUAGUUCACAGUUUGAAGAGAGCAUUUGGGGUUUUAAUAAGGGAUAUACUUGAAUACACUAAUAACUACCAAUGAUUUUAGAAAAAAAACAUUCUUAGAUGAGCUCGCUUUUGGGUGAACCAUUCAGAACAAUCCUAGAAGUUUGCCUGUUAUUAGUUACUAGACAACCAAAGAUAUUCUGAUGUCGUCGUGUUGUCGCAUAAAUGAAUACUUAUUGCUAAUUGUUCGGCUGAAUAUUUGAUAUAUUAAAAAAACUGUUCUGAUUUCCGAAUUAUAGUUUAAUAACAACAUGG